GCGCGUCUGUCUUCUACUCCGCGAGAGCGCGCUGCAGGGGACUCGGCCGCGCGCUCGGUGUUGUGUUAGCGCAGCUCCACUUGUGUUCGCAGCAGGAUCGGACGCUGCAUCGAGAACAGGUGAGAGGAAGCUGGACAUCAGAAUGCCAAACCACAGACACAGCACCCCACCAUACCUGUCAGGUGGCAGUAAACACCACAGCAGCAGACACAGGCACAGUGAGCAUGUGUCCAACCCGGCCUUCUCCUACUACCCAGGAGACAAGAUGCUUCACUUCUAUCGCUGGACCUCACCCCCGGGUGUGAUGAAGAUAUUGUGUAUCAUCAUCGUCAUCAUGUGUGUGGCCGUGUUCGCCUGCGUGGCCUCCACGCUGGCCUGGGACUAUGAUAUGGGUCUCAUGGGUCUUGGAGGUGGAGCUGGCUUGAUGCCAGGUUAUGGUGGCGGCGGCGCAUACGGUGGCUCGUACGGUGGUUCAUAUGGCGGCAGUUACGGUGGCUCAUAUGGAGGUGGCAGCUCAUAUGGAGGCAUUGGUGGUGGCGGCAGUGGCAGUUCCUAUGGCUAUGGAGGAACACAAAUGGAUCCCAAGACUGGCAAAGGCUUCAUCAUCGCCAUUUCAGCCAUCACCUUUAUAGCUGUGCUCAUCAUAUUCGUGUUGGUUGUUUCGAGGCAAAAUGCAGCCCGCUCAGCAAAGUUCUACCUUGCAACCAUCAUCAUCUGCGCCAUCUUAGCAUUUCUGAUGAUCAUUGCCACUAUCGUGUACCUGGUAGCUGUGAACCCAACAGCUCAGUCCACGGGGUCUGUCUACUACAGCCAGAUCCGCCAGCUGUGUGCCCAGUACCAGACACAGACCCAGGCCCAGGGCAUCUUCCUCAACCAAUACCUGUACCAUUACUGUGUGGUGGAGCCUCAAGAGGCCAUCGCCAUUGUCCUGGGCUUCCUUGUGUUUGUUGGUCUCAUCAUCCUGCUGGUGUUCGCAGUCAGGACUCGCUCAAAGAUCAGGCACUGGGGCCCAGAGAGGAUUCUCUGGGAGGAGGUCAAGGUCAUCACAGAGGGUACACACAACAGUGUCGGGGAGUGGGUGAAAAAUGUGAGUGGUGACCCAGAGAUAAUGGUGAACGACUAUAAUGACAAAGUUGGGGGUUCCAGAGACUAUCUGGACCGACUGGACAACAAGCCUCUUUACCUGCCAGGAGAUUCGGACAUAAGCAGCUCUGUGGGAAUUUUGAAGCCCAGGCUGAAGGACUAUGACACUGGUGCAGAGUCUGGAGAUGACCUGGAGGAGGAGGACUUCAGCGCGUUGUUUCCUCCCAUUGUGGAUGAGCAAGAACGUCUGACCUACAAGCGGGAGUUUGACCGGGAUCACCAGGAGUACAAGGACCUGCAGGCUGAGCUGGACAACCUAAACCAGGACCUGGCCGACCAGCACAGAGAGCUCGACCGACAGCCUGAGGGCAGUCCACAGUUCUUGGAUGCCAUGAAUAAAUACACCAGACUGAAGAAUCAAAAGAAGUCCCCAGACUACCAGAUAAAGAAGAAGAGGUGUAAAUAUCUCAGGUCCAAACUGUCGCACAUCAAGAGGAAGAUCAGUGAAUAUGACCGACGACCAUGAACCUUCACCUCUGACAGGGACAGUGACUAAUCUGCAGUUUUCCACCCCAUUGUGUUUAAAUUGAUCACAAAUGAAUAUGUGAUUGUUAUAGUGAAGAGUCUGUUGCUUUAUGUUACGUCGGUAUCAAUACCAAGGGACCUUUUUCAGAGACAGGUAGGUGAAGGAAAUAUUGUUUUUUUAUAUGUAUAUAUAUAUCUCUCGUCUUUGAUGGUUCCUAACCUCUGUAAGUUUCUCAUGAAGAACUAUUCCAAGAACAAUGAAGGUGUGAAUGAGGAAAUCAGAGAUGUGAAAUGUUUUUGUUUCAGUACUAGUGAAGCAGUUACUGUGCUUCUUUUUUAGCUUUUUAAAAAUCAUGUCACUGACCGCCCUUUGUAAAUAAUGUUAAUUUUUAAUUUUUGCAAAUAUUUUAAAUUGUUGUGUAACAAGAUUUUCAGUACUUAUUUUUGCUGUUUUAUGUAAAAUGAGGAAACCUCUGUUCUCAAAUGGAAUCCCCCAAAUGUAACUGGUGUCCUUUCUUUUAGGGUCAACAACAUGUAUUUUACUGUAAUUCAG